UGAUAAAGGUCGCAACAUGCGACCUUUAAGCCGUGUCACAGUAGUGACGUGGCACGCCUAUGUGUCAUAGAUGUAUUAGGAAACUAAAAUAUUUAGAUUAUAUAACCUAUUAUACAUGCCAUAAAAAAGGUAGGAAAAUCUUAAUAUUCUAAUUUACAAAUUUAAUAAUAUAAUUUUUUAUUUCAGAAAAACAAUUCUAAUUUAUAUAGGAAAUUAGAAAAAAAUACUUUUAAUUAUUUAUAUGAUAUAUGAAAUUAAAAUUAAAAUUACAUUUACUAAUUUAUAUUUAGAAAAUAAAAAAUACAAUACAUUAGAAAAUAAAAAUCAGGUAAAGGAGAAAGGUGGGGUUUUAGUCUUUCGGUUUGUUUCAACCUUCAAUUUCCUGCACUGCGAUACCACACUGCGAUACCACAGAGCUCUCCUCAGUCCUCCCCCAAACGGGAAAAAAAAAAAAAAAAAAAAAAAAAAAAAAAAAAUUCUUCUUCAAUGGGCGACCAUGGUCUGCAAUUAAGCCAGAUGGCUUCUCAAGAACCUGAAGAUCUUGAGCUUGUCGAAGUACCUAAGGUGGGCAUGUCGUUCCCGUCAAUUGAAGAUGCAUUUGAUAUGGUACAAAAGUAUGCGUUUUCUGUGGGUUUUGGAUUUGUGAAAUUUUCUCAUUCAACCAAUAAAGCGGGAAUUUGUGUUUAUCAUAAGUUUGCUUGUCACAAGGGAGGGACGAGGAAGGAAAGAAAUUACAAGAGGGAAAGGAAAAGACCAGUGGCGAGAACUAAUUGUCCGGCUAAAGUUAAUCUUGCACAAAGAGAGGGUGGUCGAUGGAAAAUUACACAAGUGAAUGUGGAACACAAUCAUGACAUGGAUCCAAGAAAUUCUCGGUUCUUAAAUGCGCAUAGGACUGUGCCAUCACUUUUAAAAAGAAGAUUCGAGAUGUUUGAUGCAACUGGUGUUAAGAUGAGCAAAGUCAUUAGAGCAGUAACUGCAGAAGCUGGUGGGCCAGAGAACAUGCCUUGUCUACCUAGAGAUUGUCGUAAUUAUGUUGAUAAAGCUCGGAGGGAAAGAUUUGGAGGAGUUGAUGCUGAAGCUCUUUAUAUCCUUUUUACAAGGAUGCAGAAGAUAUUCGAUGUAUGACUACGUUUGAAAUGGAGAAACAGUUCCAGAAAGCGUACACCCAUAAUUUGUUUAAGAAGGUACAAGAUGAGCUUAUGGCAAUGGUGUAUUGUGAAGCAGAUUUAGCAAUUGAAGAUAGUCUUG